AUGAUUGGGUUAUUGUUUGCUCUUGCUUUAUCAAGAGUAUCACAUCACCAUCAUUCCUAUCGCAGACAUAGGAUGUAUGAGACAAACGGUGCAGGAUCUGGCGUUGUUUAUGGAUCAGGUAUAGGUGUAAAUAUUCGUAGCGGACCCGGCACAGGAUAUGGUGUUAUCGCAGCAGUUGCAGACGGAACAACACUUUCUGUUACUGGCCAUAGCUCUAAUUGGUGGCAAGUUUCUUACAAUGGUCAAACAGGUUACGUAAUUUCCGAUUAUUUGAAAGUUUCCGGUUCUGUUUCAGGAACUGGUUCCGGUCUCAAUGUACGCGCUGGUCCAGGCACAAACUAUGCUGUUGUUGCAGGACUUUCUGACGGAACAUCCGUUACAAUCACUGGAAUCAACGGCGAUUGGUACCACAUUUCCCAAGGUUAUGUUUAUUCUCAGUACAUCUCCCUUACAUCAUCAGGUACAAGUGGUGGUGGCGGCGGCUCCUCAGGCGUUGUCAUCAGGCAAGGAGAUGCAAGAUUCAACUCCAACAUCAGAACAUGGGGCUGCGCUUUCAUGUCAAUCUGCUGGUGUGAAGGAGUCAACUCGAUCGAUGGCUGCAAUGCUAAGUACAACCAGGCUGUUGCCGCAGGAUGGAUGUCGGCCUCAUGCUACAUCAACAACUGGGAUUCAAUGAAGACAAUUGCUGGAGCUAAAACAUACCGUUAUGGUGCUCAAUGGGCAACUGCUGCAUCCAAUGAAAAGGAAAUUCUUCAAUGCGCCAAUUCCAGAACAACAAUGCACUUCGUUGUUGGUAACAAGAACAAUGGAAUUGAGUAUGAUCCAGCUUAUGACGGUUUUGUUUCAUACUCAGAUCAUCAGUCAAAGAGAUUCUACGGAUACUAA